GGAGUGCUCUGCUGUCCUCUGCUGUUGGCUGAUGCUCAGAGAAGCGCUCGUACUGCAGUUCUUACAAGACCGAAUCAAACGGAACGGUAACCACGGCACAAAUAUGACGAUGGGGGAGCGCAGCGCUAGCAAACUGCGGAUUAUUGGCUCGGUAUUUGUCAGCCUGUAUUAAAAAAGUGAAACGAAAGAGAGCUGUGAUGAAGAUGAUGAUGAUACGCCAGGAAUCGAGUGCGAGAUCGUUGAUCGCUCUCAUCAGAUGCUGAUGAUGGUCGCGCAACCUGCGUGAUUUCCUCCCGCUGCGGCUUAUGAUCCGGAAGUCUCAUCCAUAGGCAUACUUCCACAUUGAGGAAAAAGGAGCUUCCUGGUCCCUUUGCAUCACCUUAUCUGAGUCCCAGCCAACCUGACAGAAUGAUUGAAGAGGGAAGUAAAAGCAGCAAGUCCAUGGUGGAGAAGAGGCAGCUCUUCAUGGAGAUGAGGGCACAAAACUUUGAUGUUAUUCGUCUCUCAACAUAUAGGACGGCAUGUAAGCUACGAUUUGUUCAGAAACGAUGCAACCUUCAUUUAGUGGACGUGUGGAACAUGAUCGAAGCUUUCCGUGACAAUGGGUUGAGCACACUAGACCACAACGCGGAGAUUAAUGUGUCACGCCUGGAGACCAUUUUGUCCUCCAUCUUCUACCAGCUCAACAAGCGGCUGCCCACCACCCACCAGAUAAACGUGGAGCAGUCCAUCGGCCUGCUGCUCAACUUCAUCGUGGCCACUUAUGACAGUGAAGGCCAUGGGAAACUUACAGUGUUUGCUAUGAAGGCAAUGCUAGCUACAAUGUGUGGCGGUAAAAUACUGGACAAAUUACGUUAUAUAUUUUCCCAGAUAUCAGACUCAAAUGGGGUGAUGGUCUUUGCCAAAUUUGACCAGUUCCUGAGGGAAGUGUUGAAGCUCCCCACGGCAGUGUUCGAGGGCCCGUCCUUCGGCUACACCGAGCACUCUGUGAGAACAUGCUUCCCUCAGCAGAAGAAGAUCUUGCUGAAUACGUUUUUGGAUGUGUUGAUGGCAGAUCCACCCCCGCAGUGCCUCGUAUGGCUACCUCUCAUGCACCGACUCGCUAAUGUAGAGAAUGUCUUCCAUCCAGUGGAAUGUUCGUAUUGCCGGAGUGAGAGCAUGAUGGGUUUCCGGUACCGCUGCCAGCAGUGCCAUGGCUACCAGCUUUGUCAGAGCUGCUUCUGGCGUGGUCAUGCCAGCGGUCCCCAUAGCAACCAGCACCAGAUGAAGGAGCACUCCUCAUGGAAGUCUCCAGCAAAGAAGCUCAGCCAUGCCAUCAGUAAAUCUCUGGGCUGCAUGCCGAUCGGAGAGCCGCCUCACCCUGUGUUUCCAGAGGCAGCGGAAAGACCUCAGGACCUCGCACACACCACUCAGCUGAGGCCAGUGGCCAACGACAUGAACGAUACCGUUCUCAUUUCCUCCGGGGCGCCCACGCCUUCAAAAAGCACCCUUGAGAGUCCCAGCAGACUGGAUGAAGAGCAUCGUCUUAUCGCUCGAUACGCUGCUCGUCUGGCGGCGGAGGCCAGCAACUCCACCCAAUGCCCUCCAACUGAUCUGAGUUUCAACUUUGAUGCUAAUAAGCAACAGAGGCAGCUCAUCGCAGAACUGGAGAAUAAAAACAGGGAGAUACUGCAGGAAAUCCAGCGUCUACGUCUAGAGCAUGAACAGGCUUCUCAACCCACUCCUGAGAAAGCACAGCAAAACCCCACUCUACUGGCAGAGCUGCGACUGCUACGGCACAGAAAAGACGAGCUGGAGAGGCGCAUGUCGGCCCUGCAGGAGAGCAGGAGAGAGCUCAUGGUCCAGCUGGAAGGUCUCAUGAGGCUGCUGAAGGAUGAAGAGCAGAAACAGGCAGCUCAAACGGGGAGUUCACCCCACUCAUCUCCCAGCCACAGUGCCAGCUGCACCAUGCCUAUGCCCAUCCGCUCCACCUCAGCCGGCUCAACCCCCACACACACGCCACAGGACUGCCUGGCAGGGGUCGGAGAUGACGUGCUGGAUGCCUUCUCUCAGGGUGUACCAAGAAAUCUCCGUAAUGAUCUUUUAGUGGCUGCAGACUCAAUCACAAACACUAUGUCGUCACUAGUGAAAGAACUUCACUCAGUGGACGACGGUUUGGAUGAUGAAGAGGAGAACAUGCGAAACGGAAGAGAGAAGGCUGAGUCAGAGUAAAAGAAUAUAGAAUAUUUCAUUGUCAUCGCUGAAGCAUUCUGGGAAAAGGCACUCCACCCCUUCAUUCUAAGCCCCAGGAAAGAACCAGCGACAUCAGAACCUCCUGGCAUUCGCACAUUGACAAAUGCAUGCUCUUCCCCAACUGGGUUUCACUAUGUGAAACAAACUCUUCAUCACAUCUUGCACAGAGCAAGUUGUAUUUAUUAGGAAGUAUAUAAAUAUAUACAUAUAUAUAUAUAUAUAAAUAUAGCUCUAUGUCUAUCUGUAUAAACCCAUUGUUAUCACGUUGCCCAUGAGAAUGGCUUGUUUGUGCUUUCUUAAAAACCUUUAUGAAUUUGUGAUUACUACUCUCCGAAACGAACGCACUGUGCAUCUUCAUGACGUCACUCAAAUCGAUCUAUGCUGUAGCUAUUUUUUCCCCACACAAGAAGCUUUUUUGUAUAACUAGUGAUGAUUUUUUGUGUUUUAAUGCAUGGAGUGGCUCUAUCCCUGGAUGGGUGGAGAGGGCUCGUAUUUGCUCUGCAUGUGACAUUCAUUCCGAACUACUCGAGUGAUGCCUGCUCCGUCGCUCCUUGUAGUCUUCUGAUCAUCAAACUGCUGCUUCUGCAUCACACGCAUCAGAACCACCAUAUAUCAGGGACGUCUCGUAGAGCUCGCCGUUUGUCUGGGAUUUCCGCUACUGUGUUCAGUUUAGCCCGUCGCUGUGACCGUUGUUUUAGCGCUUUGGUAUCGCCUCUUAGUUUAGAGUAUGUAUCUCUCUGUAUUUUUGGAGAGCAUAAAGGGACUUUAAUGGAACACGGAUAUAUAUUCCGUGCAUCCAUAAACCAGCUUAGCCAGCCAUCUUUGAGUGCACACGUCUCUGUAAAAGUUACUUCAAAAGCUUUAUUGAGUUCAGUUCUUGUGUAUACUUGUGUGAAAUAAAUGAAACCAGUGCUCAGGGACUGUUGAGAGAGGAAUGCGGUAGCAACGCUUGUGAACAAAUGAGUGGAAUUUACUUUGACACCACGAAGGUCAAAUGUCAAAGAUUAGCACAGGUCAUAAAAACUUUAUGGAACGACUGAGUGAUGAAAACCAGGAUUGUCCGUCUCUGCCGCAUAAGAAAAAAAAGUGCUUUGGUAAAUUAUAAUUAAGACAUGAAAACAUGAAAUUAGGACAAACUAAGUCAUAACUAGAAGAUAAAAAGUCAAAAGUGUGUAAUAAAUAGUCGAAAUGUAGGUAAAAAAAUUAUAAUUAUGCCAUAAAAGCAAAAAAAGUCAAAAUUAGGACAGAAGAUGCAGUUAUGACAUACUAAGUCAUCAUGAGAAGUCAAAAUUAGGACAAAAAGUCUAAAUUAUGACAUACUAAGUCAUAAUUCUGAGAAAAAUAGUUAUGACAAGUCCAACUUGAAAUAAAAAAAGUCAUAAUUAUGCCAGAAAAACUCCAUAAAUACCAUAAAAAAAACGACAUAAAGAGGUAGACAUACCAAGUCAUAAAUAAGUCAUAUGAAAAGUCAAAAUUGAGGUUAUAAUUGACAAAAGGUCUAAAUUCUGACAUACUAAGUCAUAUUUGUGAGAAAAGUUGAAAUUGACAAAGUUGAAAUUGACAGUCAAAAUUAUGACAAAAAGUAAACAUUUAGAUUAAAAAAGUCAUAAUUAUCCCAUAAAAACAUAAAUUAUGAAAAAAGGGUAGAAAUUGACAUACUAAGUCAUAAAUCAUAUACUGUAGAUAAAACGUCAAAAUUAUGACAUUAAAACAUCAAAAUUCUGACAAGUUAUAAUUUACCUAAAGUCUAAAUUAUGACAAACUAAGUUAUAAUUUGAAAGAAAGUUUAGAUUAUGACAAAGUUGAAAUUGACAGUCAAAAUUAUGACAAAAACAUAAAUUACAUAAAAACUGACAUAAGUCAUAUAGUUAAAUUGUCAAAAUUAUGAGAUAAAAAAUCGAAAUUAUGAGAAGGUAUAACUGACAAAAAGUCUAAAUUAUGGCAUACUAAAUCAUAAUUUUGAGGAAAAAAAGUUUAAAUUAUGACAAAGUUGAAACUGGUAGUCAAAAUUAUGACAAAAAGUCAAAACAGAGAUGAAAAACGUCAUAAUUAUCCCAUAAAAACUCAUAACAUAAAAAACUUAAAUGACAAAAAGGUAGAAAUUGACAUGAAGUCAUGAAUAAGUCCCAAUUAUGAGAUUUAAAAAAAAAUCAAAAUUAUUCAAAGUUAAAAUAGACAAAACUAAAUUAUGACAUACUAAAUCAUAAUUUGACAAAAAGUCAAAAUUGAGAUAAAAAGGCAUAAUUAUCCCAUAAAAACUCAUAAACAAAUUACAUAAAAGGGUAGAAAUUGAUCAUGAGUAAGUCAUAUAGAUAAAAUGUCAAAAUCACAAGAAAAAAAAGUUAUAAUUGACAACAGGUCUAAAUUAUGGCUUACUAAGUCAUAAUUAUAGGCAAAAAAGUUCAAAUUAUGACAAAGUAGAAACUGACAGUCAAAAUUAUGACAAAAAAGUCAAAAAAAAAAAAAAAUCAAGAGAUAAAAGAUAAAAGAUAAAAAAAAUCAUAAUUAUCCCAUAAAACUCAUAAAAACAUAAAUGACAUAAAAGAGCAGAAACUGGCAAGCUAAAUGGUCAUAAAUAAAUCAUGUAGAUAAAAACUCAGAAUUAUGAGAAAAAAGUCAAAAUUAUAAGGUUAUAAUUGAUAGAAAGUCUAAAUUAUGACAUUAAAUUAAGUCAUAAUUAUAAGAAAAAAUGUUCAAAACUCAAACUAAGUUGAGAUUGAUAGUCAAAAUUAUGACAGUUGAAAUUGACAGUCAAAAUUAUGACAAAAAGUCAAAAGUGAGAUGAAAAAGUCAUAAAUACCCCAUAAAAACUCAAUAAUAUCAUAAAAAAAACAAAUGACAUAAAAAGUAGAAAUUGAUAAAUAAAUCAUAGAUAAAGUCACAAUUACGAGAUAAAAAUAAAAAACAUAAAAAAUUAUGAGAAGUUAUAAUUGACAAAAAAGUCUAAAUUAUGACAUAAUUAUAAGAAAAUAGUUCAGAUUAUUACAAAGAUGAAACUGACAGUCAAACUUAUGAGAAAAAAUUCAUGACUGAUAAAUUUUAUCUCAAAAGUUAGACUUUUUAUCAUAAUUAUGACUAAGCAUAUCAUAGAUUCCACUUUUUACGUCACAAUCAUGAUUGACAAAAGCAGGAUUUUUUUCUUGUGUGACAGUGUUGCGUAUCAGACGUGAAAAAGCGGUGUUAAGAAAAGGACAUGAUUAGAGUCUAAAGCUUUAUUGUCGUGAGGAAGACAGUUUGACUUACUGUACUUGAAUCAGAAGGAAUUCAGGUUCAAUAAUUACAUUUAUCUAAUGAUUAUAAGUACGUACUUGUGUUACACUCGUGAUUUGUUCUUCGUUAGUUUGGUUUUGAAAUAAGAAAUGGGUUUUAAAUAAGGAAUAAUAAUAUCCAUUAUUUAAAAAAAGUUUUGUUUAUGACUGCUAACAUUUGAAUGUUAAAUUAGAUACUGUAAAUCCAUUGAGCAGUUUGAAGUGAGUUUUGAUGUAGAAUAUUAAGAUUCUUUAAUAUUUAUGAGGGUCAUUUGAUCGAAUGAUUCAUUCACUGUUUAUUACUUUUCUAAAAUGCUUGUAAUUCUGCAUUAGGGAGUCUUUCGAAUGGCUACAGUACGAACAAGUGAGGUCUCAUUGGAAAAAAGUGUCGCUUCUGUUAUAGUGAAAGCAAUCAUACAGUAUAUUUGCUUUUCAAAUCAGAUUUUACAUGAUCAUAAUGCUUGUUCUGUGUUGAAGGAAAGAAUAUUCAGUGUAGUUGGGAAAAUAUUGUCAUUGCUUAAAUUUGCAGCUUGGACGACAACGUACGAAAACUCUCAGAUGGCAAGUUUGAACGUUUGAUUAUGUUCCAACAUUUGCUACAAAUAUGAAUGCAAUCUUCUGAUGUAGGUGUGUGCCUAGAUGUACUGUAUAAAGUGCUGUAUAAAAUAAAAUAUUCUUCAGCCCUUAGAUAGGAGUUUUAGUAUGUGACUUAGUCGGAAUGCAGUCUUUAUUUACCUGUGAUCUUUGGAAAAAAAAAAUAUUGUUCUGCCUUUAAAAGUUGUGCCAAACUGUUUGCCAACCUGUAGUGUGUCCUUUAGGUAUUCGUUCUGUGUAUUUGUGCGUGUUAAACCACAAUUUAUUGAUUAUGAAUUUACCGAAGCAGUCCACCGAGAGGAUAACUAAUAACGGGGUGCCUUAAAUGGUUGAAACACAAUACAGUUUAAGCGGAAGGAACCCUGCUUGAAAUCAAUUUCAAGCAUCAUUGCGAAUUUAUAUGUUACAGAUGGGCCUCCAACGGAGGACCUCCUAUGUCCUCAAAGUUAGACGAAUAGACAAUAUUUCAGAAACGAAAUCUGUACCAUCAGGUUUUCAUUUCUUUGGCAACUCUUUGGUGAUUUUAUUGUGUUCAAACACCCAAACUGUCAGUUGAAGCUACAAACGUUGUUUAAUUAUUUCAUUUGAUGGUUUUGCUGCUGUAUACAAUCACUGAUUGCAAUGGUUUACGUCCAUAUUUGCGUUUACGUCUCCCCUAUGUCUUUUUGUAUACUAUUAAAGGGUAAAAUAUAUGGACAAUGA